CGAUUUGUCGACGGUUACUUAAACCUCACACCUCAGAUUCUAGCGAGAACACUGAACGGUUCUUCAGUUUACUAAAACAACAUAAAAACGCAUCCUUAGCCCAAAAUGGAGUCCAGAUUAAUUACAGCCGCAAUUCUCGUCUGCUUCCUUGGCAUCACCUGUGCUGGCAAUAUGCCUGACUAUAUUAAGAUAUGCCAUCGCAACGAUCCCGAACUGUCCAAAUGUGUGAAGCAAAGCGUGCACAAUCUGCGACCGUAUUUGGGCAAGGGUAUCAAGGAUCUCAAUGUGCCCGCUCUGGAACCCCUCUACAUCGGUGACCUCAGCAUACUUGAUGCCAGCUCGGGUGGCAUUACUGUCAAGGCCAAGAAGCUGAACAUCUAUGGUGCAUCCAACUUUGAGAUUACCAAAAUGAGAGCGUCCUUACAGAACCAGAGAUUCGACUUUGAGCUGAUUCUGCCGCAACUGCAAGGAGAUGGUCAGUACGAGAUUAAUGGCAACAUUCUGGCGCUGCCCAUCAAGGGCAACGGACCCUUUGUAGGCAACUUUACCAACUUUGUGGCCUAUGUGCGAGUCACUUACGAUGUAAAGAACGUCAACGGCAUUGAAUACCUUGACAUCAAGGAGUUUGCACUGAAGAUUCGUACUGGAAAAGGUCGUCUGCGUCUCGAUAAUCUCUUCAAUGGCGACAAAGUUCUUGGGGAUGUGAUCAACCAGACAAUCAAUGAGAACUUUGAUUUAUUCACUAACGAAGUAAUAGCGCCCAUUGCUCGGGCAUUGGAGGUCAAGUUCAAAGCAAUCGCUACCAAAAUCAUCGAAAAUUUUACAUAUAAUGAGCUGUUUCCUGUUUAAUUGAAAAACGUGCUUAGAGUUAAAUGCAAUCGCUUGUGAUACAGUUAAUUUCAUUAUUUUAGUAUAAAUAUAUCUCUCAUAAAUAAACUUUAAAGGAACAUAAAAA